AGGCCACGUUCUCAACUCAAGAUGAUAUUUUCUGUGGUUUUAGUAACGGCCGUUUUUGUCCAAGCAAUUUCUGGACUACUGAAUGGUAACGUUCAUACUGAUACAACUAGAUCACCAGAUGGCGCUGUUUUCCACCAGACUCUUGCACAACUCGUCGUGGAACUGGACAAACGUGUCAACGACCUCCAAACUAAGGUCAAUGCCCUUGAAACAGAGAAACAUGACUACAUUGUAAAAAACUCUCAGUUAGAGACAGAAGUAUUGACACAGCGGCUGAAACAGGAGUCUCUACAGCGGAUGCUCCAACAGCAAAAUGCAUCAGUGAUGACUCUUCAAACAGAGGUUGAAGUCUGUAGAACUUUUAGUUUUCAAUUAAACGACGCGUUACAGAAUCUGACUGAUGGCCAUGAAAAACUGAAAUCAAACUUGGACGUUGUAAAAAACCUUACUAUUCUGCCAAUGAAGAACGAUAUCAACAAUAUCCAAGGACACAUCAACGACAUUCUGACCGCCCAUAGAAGUCUCUCAGGAAAUGUGUCGCAUAUCCAGAUUGAUCUCCGUGAUUUACACGCACAUGUCCACCAAGAAAAGCCCGGAUUUACAGCAUACGUUGAUGGCUCCUUUGACGCUACCGGUACCGUCAUACUUCCACACGUCUACAGCAAUACCGGAUCCCUCUAUGACCCAAAUACAGGCGUCUUCACUGCAGACAGAAGCGGGCUCUAUGGCUUCUAUUUGGGUAUUGAAUGCAGUGACACAGGCACGAAAAUUGUUGAUUUGGUGAGGGACGGAAGUCUCAUAGGACACGCUGUUUGUUUUCCCCAAGCAGGUGUUGCAUCUUAUGGUAGUACAUUCUCUGUCCACCACAUAGAGAAAGGGUCAAAAGUGUGGGCUAAAAACGCAUACGAUUCAGGUGACAUUGAACUAAGAGGAAAAACUACCUUAUCCGGAUUUCUUAUUUCAAGCUAACAGAUUGAAAUCAAUAUACAUGUUUAUGUUACAUAACUUAAAGGGACCAAAAAUGUGUUAUUUUAAAACAAAAGUUUGAUUGAAUGUAUAUAUAUAUAUAGUGGAUAAAUAUCGUAUGUGUUAUACUAUGACAGAUAUCGAACAGACACAAGUUAUAUAUAGCAGUUGCCUACGACAUAACUUUUGAAUAUCAACAAAAUAUAUUGGUCUAGAGCAUAUUA